GGAACAGUGAAAGGUCAGGAAGGACUUUUAGAACCUAGUAGCUUUCAAGAAAUAGCCUGAAUUUUAUUUUUUAUCCUGUGUUCACUUGUCCUUAAACUCUACCAUUUCUGUUCCUUCAAAUAUAAAUAUAUCUGGUUCUGUGAAAACAAGCUGUAGCAUGCAAGAUCUCUAAAAACAUGAAUGGAUGGAUUACAUAAAUCUAAAGGUCUUUAUUGGGCAUAAUAAUCUGUGGCUAACAUCUUAUGAAACAGUUAAUCAUCAUCAUCCCAAAGUAUGCAUUAUGAAGCUUUUCAGUUAGGGAGAUAUUUCUUGUUACAGAUUCAGAGACUAUUUUUCAAUUACAGUACUGCAGAAAGAGGAGGAUUUUAGUUUCUAUAAUAACUGUUCUUUACUGACAGCUAAACAAUGAAAGGCCUCAAAAGGUUUGACACUUGAUUAGAUCUACACUAUGAAGUGCAGCAGGCAAAAAAAUAUGGUAAUUAAGGGCCUGAUCAAGUAAAUCACUGAGCUAUGUCUUUAACCUUAAGCAUAUGAGCCAUCUAAUUAAUUAAAAGUGAACAUAGAUAUUCAUGUUUGUAACAAAUCCACCUUUGGAUCAAUAUUUCUGUCAAUUGUUAACAUGAGCCUUUUUGUCACAUAAAAGAUGUGCUAUAUUGCAAGAUCCAUUAACCCACACAAGUUAACUUUUUAAACUUGAAAAAUGUAUAUUGCAACUAUAAAACUACCUCCUAAUACAUUAUUUUGAUAUUGUCAUUUGUUAGCAUCAGGAGUUUAAGAUCUAAAAAUGCCUUAUGGUCUCUGGUACAGAUAAUACCUUACAAGCUGCGAUUGCUUGCUUUUGUAGCCUGUAUGUAACCUACCUGUAAAAGCAACUUUUUUCUUAAGCUCAUCACAAAAUUAACCAGUAUUCCGAUUAAUUUCAAAGUAAAUGUAAGUUCUCUUACUGAGUUUCUUAUUAAGUCUUGUCCAGGUUAAGGAUGGUUCAUAUUUUGUCCCUGUUUGAGUAAAGCAUAGUAGAGUUCCUGGGAGAAUCCCAUGACGAAUUAUUCUCCAUCUGGGAAUGGAUUGUUAUUGCCUACUCUUCAGUCAGUUCUUAGUCCACCUCAGGAGCUGUUACUCAUCUCUCCAGGAGCUAAUUUUGGAGUGAGACCGUUUCAAAUACUACACUGAUUCUGUGUUACCUGUGUGUUCACUAACACCAGUUUUCACCUCUGGCAGAGUGGCAAUGCAGGGUUUCCUGUGGGCUGAGAAAAGGCUGAGGUUUAUGAAGAGAUGUAAAGAGAUUGAGAACUGGCUUCCUCAAAUAAGUACUGUCUUACAAGGAUUGGUAUAUCUAUUGCGUUUGAAAGAAUUCAUUUGGAAAGUAUAUUGUUAUUACAGAUCAGUUCUAAAAUUAACUAAAAUUGCAGAAGCAUACUGAGCUUUCUCUUAUCAAAAAUAAGAUCAGGUAAAAAAUCUGUUAAAAAGAUGAUUAUCCAGCAGAGGAAUUUCUACAGUUUAUGGACUGUAUUUCAGACAGAAGUCACUGAUACUGGUUUAAAACCUUCCUUCAAAUGAAAGUUGUGUAAAUGGGUUAGACCCAGAAGACUGGUAAGGCACGGAGAAAAAGAGUCAGACUGUGUAGUUGGAGUAUUUCUGGAGCAUGAUAGGGUUUGGCUUUUUUUUUUUUUCCUUCUUGAUUUAACAAGUUGAAAAUCUGCUGAAUAAUUCAUGAAGAGUGGAAGGGCUGAAUCUUCCUGGAAUGAUAUACAGUGUACGUACUGUGGCACAGGAGAAACUGCAAAGCUUUGUAUCAGUUGCUGCCGUUUCUGCUGCCGAUUGCGAGGUGCUGCUGCCUUUGCUGUUUUCACAGCUACAGAAACCUCACUCGUGCUUUGGUCUGCCAACAGCCAUUUGCCUCCCUAUGGACCCACCUUCACCAGCUACAAUCUGUGGGCUCUCUUGCUGCCUACCUGCCUUGGACACUGCUGGUUUUUGGAUCGUUACUGCAAACAGCAUUUUCUGGACCUUACAGCUUGUAUGACUGAAACCUGCCUUAGAGUCUCUCAGCUGCACAGCCUCCCGUGUGCUUGGUGAGGACUCCUGCAGCAGAACUUCUGACCCAGACAAGGAUGGGAUUUACAGGGCAAAGUCAAAACUGAGUUGCAUUCAGCGAGAUGCCCAACGCCUCUUCCUGGAGUGCUAGCUCGCCUCUGCUGCUGCUCUGGGAGGACUCCUCCGGGACCCGCAUCUUUCUGUCGCUGCUCUACGCAGUCUUGGCUAUCUCAGGGACUUUAUCCAAUGUGAUGGUCAUCUAUUUAGUCUUCUCCUUCAAGAAGCUGCAGACAACCAGCAAUGCCUUCAUCGUGAACGGCUGUGCGGCAGACCUGAGCGUGUGCGCCCUGUGGAUGCCCCAGGAGGCUGUGCUGGGGCUGCUGCCCCCCAAUUCCUCCUCCCUUCGCUCGGCGGAGUACCGGCUGCUCCGAGGGGGGCUCCUGGGCCUCGGCCUCACCGUCUCCCUGGCCUCGCACCUGCUGGUGGCUUUCAACAGGUACGUGCUCAUCACCAAGCUGCCCAGCGUGUACCAGGCCCUCUACCAGCGGAGACACACGGGCUGCAUGAUCGGGCUCUCCUGGGCCCUCGCCCUGCUCCCGGUCCCGCUGCUGCCCGGGCUCUGGACCCUGGGCUCAGCCCAGUCGGACGGCAGCUCUCGCUACACCGCCCUGCUCCUCGCCCUGGCCGUGCUGGGCCAGACCGCGCUGCUGCUCCACUGCUACCUCGGCAUCGUGCGGCGGGUGCGGGGCAGCGCCAAGCGGGUCAGCGUCCUCAACUUCCACCUGCUGCACCAGCUGCCCUUCCCCGCCGCGCCGCCACCGCCUCGCCGCGCCCAGCGCCGCCUCAGCAGCGUCUCCGUCCUGCUGCUCUGCUGCGUGUUCCUGCUGGGCACCCAGCCCCUGGUCUGGGUCAGCCUCCUGGGCUUCUUCCUGCGCCCGGCGCCGCCGGCGCUGCAGGCCGCCAGCUGGCUGCUGCUCUGCUCGCUCUCGGCCCUCAACCCGCUGCUCUACACGUGGCGCAGCGAGGAGUUCCGCCGGGCGGCCCGCUCCGUCCUGCCCCGCGGCGAGGGCCCGGCCGCCGCCCCCCGCCCCUCCGCCGCCGCCGCGGGCCCUGCCGGCGCCCCGCCCUGCCCGCAGCUGCCGCGGCGCCGGGGCACGGGGAGCAGCGGCAGCGCCGCGGCCGCGCCGCGCUGAGGGGCCGGGGCAUAGCCGGGACCCCCGCGGGCACCUC